GUGGAACGACCUAUUAUUGUGUAUUUUUGGAAUAAUUCUCAAUUUGAACUCUUAUCAAAAAAAGAUUUGUUUGCGCUUUGAGUGUUACAAGCAAAUUGUAUAUAAACAAAUAAUUUAUAUAAAAAUAUACAAAGAAUCUGUGAUAAAGCACAUUGGAAAAAUGACCAAGUCAAAGGAUAAUCUGGAAAAAACUAGAGAGCUCAUCACCGAGCAGAGCAUGAAGGAUUUGUUAACAAAGCAGUUGGAAAUUGUUGGCAGUGGCGGCGCCUUUGUAUGGGCUAUCUUCUUUCUGUGCGUAACGCCAAACAUCUUGAACGGAUUCCAUGUAUCGUCCUACACGCUGCUCGGCCAUCUGCCCGAUGAUCAGUGGUGCGGAGUUGAUGCACUACAGCACACCAACUGGACGCUGGCGGAGAAGCGCAGCAUUAGUGAAUAUGAACUGGAAUCUGGAGGUUGUACCAUCUGGGAUUGGGACUACGAGCACCUGGCUCGAAUGUCUUACACCUCGGCACUCAACUAUACUCGACGCAUGGCUCAGAUCAAUAAGCCCACCGUGGUGUCCUGUAAGACCAAGGGCAGCUACGAGUAUGCCCAACCGGAGACAACAUUCGUGGCCGACUGGGAGCUCACCUGUGAGCGAAGCAUUCAGCGCACCUCAGCGCAGGUGGCUCUGUCGCUGGGCAAGUUCUGCGGUUCCUUCAGCUUCGGCAUACUGGCUGACAAAUUUGGUCGUAAGACUUCGUUUACAUUGGGCGCCGUCUUCUUUAUUGCUGGCAGCAUCUUCUGCAGCUUUACGCCUUGGUAUAGCAUUUUCCUGAUUGGUCGCUUUGCUUUAGGCUCUGCAUCGUCCGGUCUAUUCUAUCCGGCUUUUACCAUGAUUGUGGAGAACAUUUGCUUGAAGCAUCGCACCUGGAUGUCCAUAGCCUUCUCUGCCUCGUAUCCUGUGGGCAUGAUCCUGCUGGCAAUUAUGGGCUAUCUGAUACAGCCCUGGCGCUAUCUACAACUAGCCUUGACCAUACCCUCACUGCUGCUGAUCCUCAAUUGCUAUUUGAUGAAUGAAUCUCCGCGCUGGCUUAUAACAAAGCAGCGCUACAAUCGCGUCUACAAAAUUCUCUUCGGCCAGCCGUGUCAUUAUGAUAUUCAGCCCACGAUUGCGACAGCCACCGAAAUUUCCACCGAUAAGAAGACGUUGGCAACCGCCACGAAUGUUUCACUUGCACAGAAGCUGAAGAAUGGCCCGCUUAAGUCAAUUAUUGAGCUCUUUGCUAAUCCGAAAGUCCGCAGAUAUAUCUUUACGUCGUACUUCAUGUUCUGUGUUACCUCGCUGAGUUACUAUGUGACGGCUCUGAAUGCCGCCAAUUUCUCAGUCAGUCGCUACCUUUACAUUGUGGCGACAGGGGUCGUCGAUAUACCUUCGUACGUGGUGCCGGUGAUAAUGCUGCGCUAUACGGGUCGUCGCAUUACCACCAUGUUCCUGUUCAUGUUGACGGGCGUCUCGCUGCUCUUGGUGUUGUCUGUGCCCGCUGGCAGCACCACGUGGAUCGUAUCGUUUGCGAUGUUGGGCCGCUUUGGCAUCAGCGCCACCUACUCGGUGGUGACGCUUUAUACGGCUGAGCUGUAUCCCACCGAGAUACGCAAUUCGGCGCUGGGCACCUGUUCGACGUGGGCGCAUGUCGGCUCCAUAUCGGCGCCAUAUGUGGUCGAUGUGCUGGGCGCACUUGGCUGGUACAUUCCAACAACCAUAUGCGGCUGCUGCGUUCUAGUAGCUGGUCUGCUAACGCUUACACUGCCCGAAACCGGAACGGAUAAGCUAUCCGACAAGGUGGACGAUGCGCCCGCCGUCGAGAGUAAGCCUGAAAAGCAGUAGCCAUAGUCGAGCCAUGCGCACUAGUUAAAUUAGUCUAAAUGAUAUCUAUAUAUGCGUGUAUAUGUACCAAUA